AUGAGAGUGAAACCAAAAAGAUGGGUCCUUACACUCAUGGCGGUAGCAGUCAUGGUGCUCAUCUUCAGAAACCAGUUUCAUUCGUCCCGGACGCGACAGCAGGAGCAGAAACCUGUCUUCUCUUCCAGUCAAAACAAUCUUUAUUACGACGGCUGGAUAACACCAAACUUCUAUAAAAAGAAUGAUUUCCUAGAACUGAUUGUAAACAAGGUGGAAUCUGACUUGACACAAUUACCAUACGCAUAUUAUGACUUGCCAUUUACUUGUCCCCCUACUAUGCAUAAGAAACCACUGCACUUAUCAUUAAAUGAAAUAAUAAGAGGAGAUAGGAAAUGGGAAAGUGACUAUAAACUCCGUUUUGGCGAAGACAAUGCAUGCGAAACGCUAUGUGCUCGGAAAACUGACAAAAAGGGAAUGCAGACAUUAGACAAGCUAGUGAGGGAGGGCUACGUCGUGCAAUGGCUGAUCGAUGACGAAUUACCGGCGGCCACUACAUUCAUCUCCACUACAGAUCAUAAAAAGUACUAUGCGUCUGGCUUUCCCCUCGGUUUCGUGGAUCCUGACACUGACAAAACUUAUUUGCAUAACCACGUAAUUCUAGUGAUCCGUUUUCAUGGGGGUGGUGAUGACAAAAACACCGUUGUUGGUUUUGAAGUAUAUCCAAAAUCUGUAUCAGAUUAUCACUGCCCUGGAGCCUCAAAGAAUUACGAACAAUACGAGAUAGUCGUCCCUGAGGACGAACAUGACCUAACCUAUUUACCAUUUACUUAUUCCGUGUAUUGGAGGGAAGAAUUCGAGGUCGACUGGAAUCAUAGGUGGAAUUAUUUUCUGAACGCAGGUGAACUGUCCGAUGAGCAGAGCGCUCAAUUCCACUGGAUGAGUCUUGCCAACUCAUUAGGGAUUGUACUGUCUAUUUCAUUCAUCACAUUUGUUAUUUACAUUCGAGUCAUGCGUACAGAUAAGAAAAAUACAGACUCUCAUAAAUAUUUGAUAAAUACAGAAGGUAUCGAAGCAGAGGAUAGUCUGGACGACGACAAGUAUGGUAAAAACUCUGUUUACAUGGUGACUAAGGAUUGGAUACAGAAUGGCAAACCAGAUUUGUUUGGUUUAAAAGUCCUAAUCGUUCUAGUCUCGUUUGGGGUGCAAUUUUUAUUUACCAUAAUUGGAUCAUUAACAAUAUCGUGUUCGAUGAACAAGCUGCAUAACGUAAGAAACAGCGUGCUUACUAUGGCUAUUUUAUGUUUUGUACUUGGUGCAUUCAUGGCAUCUUUUGUUGGUACAAGACUGGGUAUAGUAACGAAAAGAAGAAAUAUCAAUGUUAACUACCUUGACCACAACAAGAGCUUCAAGAACUGCCGGGAGUUUAGUCCCAUUUUCGCCGUAAUUUGUGGGUCCAGCCUGCCAGGUAUGGUAAUGAUAGGGACAUUUCUAUUGAACAGUGUUGUCGGGGCGCAUGACUCUACAAAUGCAUUACCAUUUAGGACCAUUGUAUUCUUCAUUAGCAUUUAUUUCGUUGUCUGUAUACCGCUGAGUUUAUUUGGUGGCAUUGUGGCCAAUAAUAUACCUCUACCUAAAUAUUGGCUGAGUGGGAUCACUAAGGAUGAAACUGAUGGUAAUGGCAGUAAACUCUUCAAACCUAAAUCGCGGACCAGGUUCAACCCACUCGUACAUUGUGGCGUUUAUUUAUGUGGUAUUUUUCCCUUAUUAGUAAUUUACGUGGAAAUGCAGUACGUUUACAAAUCUCUUUGGUUGGAGAAAACUACAUUCUAUUUUUUCUACGGAUUCUUAUUCCUAAGUAUUAUAUUGUUAUGUGUGCUUACUAUGGAAAUAUCAAUCAUCGGAAGUUAUUUAUUGAUGAGGUUUUGCUUUGACGACAAGGAAGUUCGUAAUAAUUGGAGGUGGAGAUGCUUUGAAAUGGGAUUCAGUGGUGGGGUGUAUAUGGAAUUAUAUUCGCUUUAUUACAUUUUCGUGGUGCUAAACAUCCAUGGGUUUUCCUCCAUCCUAAUUUCCAUUUGUUAUAGUUUACUCUUUAAUAUACUGUGUGGUUUGGGACUCGGUGCCCUCAGUUGCUUAACGGCCUCGUGGUUCAUAAAUAGAAUAUACCACAUGAAAUUCAACGGGUAA